GAUUGGUCUUCCAGACAGACGCCUACCCUUGUUACGUGACGCAACCAUGCUUGCUCUUUACAUUGAGCCUUUCUGUGCCACGGUUCAUAUAUCUUUAACAGCAUAACGAGUUCACCGCUAUGUCUCUCGGAAAAGCUGCCCGCAGUUUGGUGAGCCCGCUCCGGGGGGCUCUGCGGUGUUCGGGCCUGAGCCGCAGCUACACCGCUGCCGCUGAAGCCCGGGCGGUGCUGGAACACGAGCUGGAGACGAUCCGAGCCGCGGGGACGUGGAAAGCGGAGAGGAUCAUCACCUCCAAGCAGGGUCCUGAGAUCAGCGUGGACGGCAGUCGUGGCAGUAUACUGAACUUCUGCGCCAACAACUACCUCGGGCUGUCCAGUCAUCCAGAAGUGGUCCAGGCAGGAAUCGAUGCUCUGAAGACACACGGUGCUGGACUGAGCUCUGUCAGGUUCAUCUGUGGGACGCAGGAUCUCCACAAAAAGCUAGAGCAGAAGCUCGCUGAGUUCCACGAGAGAGAGGACUGCAUCCUCUACGCCAGCUGUUUCGAUGCCAAUGCGGGACUUUUUGAGGUGCUGCUGGGCCCAGAUGACGCAGUGCUCUCUGACGAGCUAAACCACGCCUCAAUCAUCGAUGGCAUUCGCCUGUGUCGAGCAAAGAGGCUGCGGUACAAACACAUGGACCUCGGUGACCUGGAAACCAAACUCAAAGAAGCUCAGUCGUCUCGUAUGCGUCUGGUAGUGACAGAUGGGGUCUUCUCUAUGGAUGGAGAUGUGGCUCCCUUGCGUGGUUACACAGUCGGCCCAAAGCCUCUCAUUGACCUACUCAGGCAGCGCUCACGGCCCUACCUAUUCUCCAACGCGCUCCCCCCUCCUGUGGUGGGCAGUGCCACACGGGCUGUGGAACUGCUGCUUGCCUCCAACGAGAUUGCCCAAAGCAUGACGGCCAAAACGAUGCGGUUCAGGAACAAGAUGACGCAAGCCGGCUUCACCAUUGCAGGCUCAGCUCACCCCAUCUGCCCUGUGAUGCUUGGCGAUGCACGUUUGGCCUCUUUAAUGGCUGACGAUAUGCUAAAACUUGGAGUGUAUGUGAUUGGAUUCUCCUACCCAGUCGUACCAAAGGGAAAAGCCAGAAUCCGUGUUCAGAUUUCGGCAGCACACACGGACGAAGACAUCGACCACUGUGUUGACGCUUUCAUCCAGACUGGCAGGAAGCACGGCGUCAUCUCAUGAAUCGAACAAACGAGCUGGAAUCAGAAGGAUUAAAAAAACUUCUUGAAAUUGCAGGGUCACGCUGCCUGUUACUCAAGAUCCAUGAAUGAUGGUGAUGGAAAUUUUAGUUAUAUUUGUAGGUCACUGGAGGUGAAUGUUAUUUUUGUGCUUGCUUAACUGAUUAAAGCACUUUUGCUAAAGUGUUUGCAUUGGAACAAAAAGGGCAGUUGAUUAAACGCUUUUCAUGAGUGAGAAAAUGUUUCUGAAAGGGCAUUUAUGCACCCCGCAGAUGUGAUUCUGAUGACUGUGAGGAUAAUGGUGACACAUAAUGUGCAUAGAUUAUCAGCAUGUGUGGUAGACAUUAAACAUCCUUCAAAGA